GAACCUCCGGAUGUCCAAUUCGAAGAUCUAUGUUCUGCCACCAAUUUGCCUAUGCUCAAACGUCAUGGAUGUCGCGGACCGGGUGGAACAGUAUGGCUUCGAGCUAAACUUUUUCAAUUCGUGGAGAAUUAUCGACCCGCUUAUUAUGGCACAUGGCGUCGUGGAAGUCACAUUGUCACAGGACGACGACCUUUCGCUCGUGAUCAAUUGGAAUUGGACUACACGGUGGAUUCGGAUGAUGAAUGGGAAGAGGAAGAGCCGGGGGAGAGUAUCACUCAGUCUGAUAACGAAGAAGAGGAGGAAGAAAAAGAGGAGGAGGAGGAGGAAGAUGAAGAUGACCAAUUUUUCGUUCCACACGAGAUGAAAAUGUUGCGUCAACGUUUGUCGGUCGUGGAGUACGAGGCGGCGCAUCGUCGUGGUAUGCAGCGACUGAAGCCGUUGGUUCUCGGUCCCAUGUGGCUUCCCAACCCGAUUGAGUUGCCCUCAAUCACCCAAGUGGGUGCGGAUUCGGUGCGUGAAUUGGAUGAGGAGAAAGAGAACCUCGAAUGUGUUCGUUCCCACGGGGCCAGUGUCAGUCUGGGUGUGGAGAAAGCCGAAUUACAAUUGAUCCGAUCUGCACUGAGUGUGUACCGGAGUGCACCAUUUCGGUUCUCUAUCCGAGUGAAAUUCUUGAACAUUUUGCAGUUCGUUUUCUUCACUCGACAAAGUCGUUACUUUUUGUAUUGGUUAGAACGGUAG